AAAUUUAUAUAUUUAUCUCAAAAUUAAUUAUACAAAAGCAACCAUUUUUUCAUCAUCCCCUUCGAUUAGUCCUCCUGGAUAGCUAGCUCCAUCGUAGUCCGGGUUUUCUUUCGAGGAAAAGAUUAAGUAAAGAUGUCGACAACAAGCAAUGAGAAAUCAAAAAGAAACAAGUAUGCCUUGAUGUGUUCUUUGUUGGCGUGCAUGACCACCAUCAUACUUGGAUAUGAUAUUGGGGUGAUGAGUGGAGCUAUAAUCUUCAUCGAGGAAGACUUCCAUUUAAACUAUGUGCAGAAGGAAGUGAUUAUGGGAAUCCUCAAUGUGUACUCACUCCUCGGUGCAGCGGCCGCCGGCCGGACAUCCGAUUGGAUAGGGCGGCGCUACACUGUUGUGUUUGCCGGAGCCAUAUUUUUUGCCGGGGCUUUGCUUAUGGGGUUCGCAACAAACUACGGCUUUUUAAUGGUCGGCCGCUUUGUGGCUGGCAUUGGUGUUGGCUUUGCUGGCAUGAUUGCUUCCGUUUACACAGCUGAGAUAGCCCCGGCAUCUUCCCGCGGUUUGCUUGCCUCUUUCCCGGAGGUAUUCAUCAAUUUUGGCAUACUUCUUGGCUAUGUAUCAAACUAUGGAUUCUCAAAACUUCCAAAACACUUGGGAUGGCGAUUUAUGCUUGGGGUUGGGGCCAUCCCUUCUUUCUUCAUUGCUAUGGCUGUUCUUGCAAUGCCCGAGUCGCCUCGGUGGUUGGUGAUGCAAGGCAGACUAGGUGAGGCCAAGAAAGUCCUCGACAAAACCUCGGAUUCUUUAGAAGAAUCCCAACGUAGGCUCUCCGAGAUAAAAGAAGCAGCAGGCAUACCCGAGCAUUGCAAUGACGAUGUUGUUGUUGUGACCAAGAAUCGACAUGGAGAAGGCGUUUGGCGAGAAUUUAUUCUCCAUCCCACAUUGUCGGUUCGACACAUCCUACUUUGUGCUCUUGGGAUACAAUUUUUCCAGCAGGCUAGCGGCAUCGACUCUGUCGUGCUUUAUAGUCCAGAAAUCUUCAAGAAAGCAGGUAUAACAAGCAACACAGACAUGUUACUAGCAACAGUAGCCGUGGGAUUCACCAAGACAAUAUUCAUCCUUAUAGCAACGUGGCAACUGGACAAGGUCGGGCGACGGCCCCUACUUUUAUCGAGCGUCGCAGGAAUGAUUAUUUCUUUGAUCGGCCUUGGAGCUGGUUUGACCGUGAUCCAAAGCGUCGAUCACAAGCUUACAUGGGCCAUUGCCUUAUGCAUAACCUCGGUGUUAUCCUUUGUUGCCUUUUUCUCAAUUGGAUUGGGCCCGAUCAAUGGCAUUUAUUGCUCGGAAAUUUUUCCACUAAGACUUCGAGCGCAAGGCGUGAGCUUAGGCAUAAUUGUGAACCGUGUUACAAGUGGCGUGAUUUCCAUGACAUUUUUGUCGCUUGCGCGAGCUAUUACGAUUGGCGGAGCUUUCUUUUUGUACGGAGGCUUUGCCGUGGUGGCGUGGGUUAUGUUUUAUACGUUGUUCCCCGAGACGCGGGGGAAGACAUUGGAGGAGAUUGAGAUGUUGUUUGGGAGGUUUUUCAAGUGGAGAUCAGUUGAUAGGGAACUUAUGGAGAUCAAGAGAUCAUCAAGCCAAGAUCAAAUGGGUUGAUUGAUAUUUGAACUUGGAAUUUGAUUCAAGUUGUUCUUGAUAUUGCAUUUUCAAGCAUUGAUUAGCAUUUAGUGUGUUGUGAUGCUUAACAUCUUCAAUGAAACUUAGCUUCAGUAAUUUGGGAAACAACUUUUUAAAGAAAUUUUAGCUAACAGAA